AUGGCGCGAUUUGCUUUCCGCGCGCCCUCGCUCCGCCCGCCCUCGUUCCGCGCGCCCUCUUUCCACGUGCCCAUCCUGUCAAACCCCGCGCUGCUGCUAGCCGUCGCCCUCGUCAUCGUCGCGCCGAUCCACGUCAGCAGCAGCCCGCACAGCCCACACGUGGCGCGAUGCUCGCCGAUCUGGCAGACACGUGGCCGUCCGUGCUCCUGGUUCGAGGGCUGGUACGUGCGUGUGGUGGACCCCUCUACAGGAGGCAGCUAUGCUGCAAUUAUCGGCUCCAUGCCUAUAGCAAAUCGCUCUAUAGCGAUGCUGCUCAGUUGCCAUCCCAAGACGGGGAGCAGGAACGCGGAAAAGGGGGAGGGGGAAACGGCGGAUGGGGGAAGGGAUGAGGGGGAAAUGUUGGUGGAGGGAGGGCGGAGAAGUUGUCAGGUGGGGGAAGGGCGGAGGGUGAUGAGGGAGGACGGUGAGGGGGAGCGUGAGCAUGGGGCAGGGGCGUGUGGGGUAGGAGCAUCUGGUGAAGGGCCACUCGAGUACGUGAUGGGGCAUGAUGCGGCUGGUGAAGCAGAAGCACAGGCCUUUGAAGCAGCAGCAGCAGCAGCAGGUGGAUCAGCAGGAGGGGCAUUGGGGAUGGGAGCAUGUGAAGUGACGCUGAUUGAGAAGAUGGAAAUAGCGGUGAGUGAACGGAAUUCGAAGAGAUUGAAGAAUUAA